AGGGCCUAGACAUUUCCGCCUCCAUUCUGCCGGCGGGGAAACUGAGGCCCAGGAAGGGGGCGUGAGGCGACUCCUGGUCUGGGGUCUCCACCAGAGGACGAUGCGGGACCUGGACCUGGAUCCGGGGACCUCUCCCUGGAGCCGCAAGGGCCUCCUUUUUAGGCGGGGAAACUGAGGCCGGGCAGGGAUUGGAACCCAGCUCCGAGGUCCGCCCCUUCCUCCAUCCCGGGGGCGGGCCCGGCCUGGUCACGUGGUCUGGGCGGGCGGGGCUUCUAGGUCCUCUGGGUCCUGAGGAGGAGGCCCCGCCCCUCCCCCAGGGCGGUCCCGGGAGUUAUCAGAAAGUGAAACGUAGUUACCCUGAUUGUAGCUCUCCAGCUUCUGGACUCCCGCUGGCACCCUCCCCCCACCUUGGCUGGAUCCCCCCAGAGAAGCAGAAGCGGGACUAGAAUCCAGGCCCAGACCAGGCAGUGGGCAGCUCGUGCUUGCCCUCCUGGAGACUGUAGUCUAAUGGGGAGACCCCAAGUGAAGCACAGGGAGCGGGGAAGGGGCUGAGGCUGAAGGGAAGGGCCCCUCCGGCUGGGGCAGAGGAGGCUGCCCAGGGCAGCCUCGGGCCUUCAGGAUGUUUGGGGACCUGUUUGAGGAAGAUUUCCCCUCCAUCUCCGAGAGCCGCUGGGAGAGAGGGAGGAAAUCCAAGGCCCUGCACCCUGAGCCCUCCCCACCCCGGGGCCUCACCCGCCUGUGCGGCCUCCAGAACCAGGGGGGCACCUGUUACCUCAACUCCCUGCUGCAGACGCUGCACUUCACCCCCGAGUUCCGAGAAGCUCUGUUUGCUCUGGAUCCCGAAGAGCUUGGAUCUUUGGAGGACAAGGACGACCCCGAUGCCAAGGUGCGGAUCAUCCCUUUGCAGCUACAGCGGCUGUUUACUCAGCUGCUGCUCUCAGACCAGCAGGCGGCGUCCACCACCGACCUCACCGACAGCUUUGGCUGGAGCAACAGUGAGGAGAUGAGACAGCAUGAUGUACAAGAGCUGAACCGGAUUCUCUUUAGCGCACUGGAGAGCUCACUGGUGGGCACCUCUGGCCACGACCUCAUCCAGCAGCUCUACCAUGGGACCGUGGUCAACCACAUCAUGUGCAGGGAGUGCGAGAAUGUCAGCGAGAGGCAGGAGGACUUCCUGGACUUGACAGUGGCUGUCAAGGACCUGUCUGGCCUUGAGGAGGCCCUUUGGAGCAUGUAUGUGGAAGAGGAAUUCUUCGAUGGAGAGAACCUGUACCACUGUGGAGCCUGCAACAAGCUCGUCAGUGCCGUCAAGUCGGCCCAGUUGCGGAAGCUGCCCCCUUUUCUGACGAUUUCGCUGCUCAGAUUUAAUUUUGAUUUUGCCAAGUGUGAGCGCUACAAGGAGACGGGCGCCUACACAUUCCCUCUGCAGAUGGACCUGAAGCCCUUCUGUGAGCAGAGUGAGUUGGAUGACUCAGAGUAUGUGUAUGACCUCUUCUCUGUUAUUAUACACAAAGGUGGCUGCUAUGGAGGACAUUAUCAUGUGUAUAUUAAAGAUGUUGACCAGUUGGGAAACUGGUACUUGGAGGAAGAUGAGUCUGAGUCGGUUGUAAAGGCCAAGAGUUUCAAAGACCUUCCAACUAUUCAAGAAACCGACAAUCCAUUAGCUGUUCUCAAAAACAUCUUAUCACAGGAGGAAAAUCACUUAAUUCCUGUGGACCAGCUGGGUCAGAAGCUUUUGGCAAGCAUAGAAAUAUCUUGGAACAAGAAGUUUCGGAAAGAGUACGGCCCCCUGCUGAAGUUUUUGCAGGCCCACUCGGAUGUGUUUCUCCUUAGCUCUAACCCCAGCAAGGUCUGUCUGAGAGAGGCCAGCCCUUCUCAGCCCUCUCCGGCUGAGCUCAAGCAGCCCAGCCCCGAGGACCCUUUCCAGGACCAGGCUCCCCCGUCGUCUGAAGCAGAGCCUGCAGGGGAUCCCCAGUUGGAGGUCCGAAUCGAGGGCCCUCAGUGGUUUGAUUUAAAUGACUCCCAAGUGGAGCCCAUCCAGGAGGCGGACAUUGAGAAGCAGUUCCAGGGAAAAGAAAGUGCCUACAUGCUGUUUUAUCGAAAGACCCAGCUGCAAAGACCUCCAGAAGCUCAGGCCAACCCACGCUAUAAGGUUCCGAGUCACCUGCUAUGGGAAACAGAACUGGCCAACAGGGAACUACAAAAAAAGAGGGCAGACUAUGAUUCUGAGGUCAAUAAUUUAACUCUCCAUCUCCACCUGAGCUCUUGCUAUGAGUUUUCUAAUGGCGCUCUGCACCCCACUUCCUAUAGAACAGAAAGUUAUACGUUGGACUUGACCAUUGAUAAAAGGAAAACUUUAAGUGAUCUUCGGUUGUCUGUAUUUCAGCUCCUGGAAUUCUGGGAAGGAGAUCUGGUGCUCAGCCUUGCAAAGCUCGUGCCUGCCGGACUCCAUGUUUGCCAGACCCUCGAAGGAGAUGAACUGACAUUGCAUGAAAUUGAAAUGACCGAUGGGGAAGACAUCUUUGUGUGGAAUGGGAUGGAGGUUGGUGGCAUCAGGAUUCCUACGGGCAAUGACACCAUUCCCAUCCUUUUGAAUAUCCUUCAGCUGACAGAUAACAAUGAUGAAGAAAAGAUGCAGCCAUUUGUAGAAACUUGUCACGUGUUUCCCUCUAAUGCCAAAGUGGGGACCAUCUUCACAGCCCUAGCAUUCCCUGUUGGCAUCAUCCUGUUGAACACUACAUGUUCUCGAGCUAUCCAGUUAGAGAACUGGACAGUCAUUCCCAAGGAGAACUUGGAAAAGACCUUCAAAGAGCAAGGCCUCAAAGAUGGCAAUUCCUUGUUGAUCUUGGACUCCAGCAGCUACAACCAAAGUUUGUCGAUGGCCGGAGGCAGACCGGCGAACUCUCUCAGCAACUUCAACUGGAUGCAGGUCAGAAAUCUGUGCCAAGCAGAUUCCGAGGAGGAGCAGGUGAAAGUCUCGGCCACUAUUGAAACGUUGCUGUUGGAUAUUCGGAUUCGAGCCAUCAAGGAGCUGGGGCUGCAGGAGGAGCUGGUUAAUAACAGUUGCUUGAGACUGAUCGACAGAAGCGGGCAGCUUCUUCCUCCAGUGCCUGAGAAUUACACUGUGGCUGAAGCAGCAAUGGAGAUGGGGAGUUUGUUGGGACUGUGCCGUGGGAAAGCACCAACUUCCUCACAGCUGUUCCUGUUUUUCACGGUGGGCUGUGACUUCGAGUCCAGCCUCAUGAAGGAGAUCAUAGUGGAGCAAACAAUCUCUGUGAGUGAAUGUUUGAAGAUGAUGCUGGAGAAAGCUGAUCUCCAAGGUGACUCAUGGCAUUUGCGAAAAAUGGAUUGGUGCUUUGAAGCUGGAGAGCCUUUAAGUGAGGAAGAUGCUUGUCUGGGUGACCUGAUGAUCUACAGUGGAGAUACUCUGAUAUUGUCUGAAGGGAAGCUCCCCCCGAAGGGUUUCCUAAAAGUGCCUAUUUGGUGGUACCAUCCAUCCUUUCCCCUGGGAUAUCAGGUUGACCCUCCGGACCAAGUGGACCACAUGACUCACCAAAUGGACACUUUGAGAGUCACCCCCGAAGAAAAUCUGUAUAAAGAAGCCCCAGAAGUGUUCCAGCCCGAAAUCCUGUUUACUUUUGUGGGGGAUGUGGAGAUCUCUGAAGAGGCCUCCUUGUUGGAUCUGAAGAGUCAGGCCAUGGUCUUGCCGUCUUUCCUGGAUUUCAGUUUUCCAUCUGCUGACUUUCUCAGAGCCUGGACCAUGGAGAGUAAGCGGCCAGGGAGGCUUCUACGCAACAACCAGCAGCAACUCAAGGAAUAUAAAAUAGGAGGGAGAACUCAGAUUUGUAUAGAACCUCUUCAGGAAGGAGAGAACUUGGGCCCCACAGACAUGCUGCUGAGGACCCAGAUGGGCAUCCCUGGGGAAAGGGCCUACUUUGCUCCUGUGGACUUUGUGUGGGACAUUGAGGAAGAGUGCACAGCGCUAUCCCUGCGGCAGGCUGUGGCUGUCCAUUAUGGGCUCUCUGUGGACCACAUUGAGAUCGCCAAGUACUUCUCUGAGAAGUUUGAGUGGAUGCCCAUUGCUAGCUGGGACCAGCAGUUUUCUAAGAAGAAAAAGAAGAAAAAGCAGGAGAAUCUGCUGAUGGCGCCAUAUUACCUGAAAGAUGGAGAUAUUAUUGGUGUUAAGAACCUCCUGGUGGAUGACAACAAAGACUUUAGUACCCUGAGAGACGACAUAGGAAGAGAGAGUCAAAUGAAGCUCUUUAUGGGAAAGAGGAAAAGGAGACAAGCUGUCCAGCUACAGAAUAUUGACCACCUUGAGUGCCAUGAAAAUGAGGUUGAAGGACAUCUGUGUGAGAAGCCCCACAGGUCAGAAGAGGGGCUUUCCAUCAAUGUGGGCGUUUUCAGAUAGCACCUGAGCAGGGCUUUGGAAGAAGCCAGCUGUGCCCUCCGACUGACUGACUCCCACUAUUCAGUGUUAGACUGGAGUGGGAAGGAGGAAGGAAGGACUUGUGAGUGUGAGAUGAAGGCAUCUAGUAUAGCCUGGCAGGGGAUGCCCUAUGUUGCACCACCCUGGGCUACUUACUGAGUCUGAUCUUUGGACAGAAAUGAUCAAUCCAUUGGCUUUUUCCCUCCGAGGACUACACUGGCUGGUGGGCAAGUUGGCCAGCUGUGUAGACAGACCCAAGCCCCUGAAGCUUCUCUUGGCCCAUGGAUCUUUAUCUCCAGUGGUAAGAUCCUUCUCUGCCUCAGGUGAGGUGAAUGCACUUUAUCAAUAAUGACCCGCUGGAUGCAAACCUGACAUGUUGUGACAUUGGCUUUGAGGCAUAGGAGACCUUGCAGGCUUGGAGGUCCCUGUAACGAGAGAGAAAGAAGAAGAGAGCGAGAUGGGAAGAGGGGAAGAGAGAGAGAGAGAGAGAGAGAGAGAGAGAGAGAGAGAGAGAGAGAGAGAGAGAGAGAGAGAGAUUGAUUCUCUUCAUCUCACUCGUCUCCAGGGCCUUGAAGUCCUUUCCCCAAAGUCUCUUCAGAUUUUUUUUGGACACUAUAUUAAGAAUGGUUCCAGUCUCCGUUAGCUGCAGACCACUGUGCCAGCAGCCCUCUCUACCUGCUGCCAAACACCUCUCUGUAGCAAAACUACGGAUAACUUUUUUGACCUUCUGUAUGUUCUCCUGUCUGUUGAUCUGUUUUCCCUGUAUUCUUCAUUUUACAUAUUAAAAUGGUUUCCUUUUGAACUAAGUUUAAUCCAUUAUCUUAGGGUAAUGAUAUUGCAGUCUUUGACAUUUAAAAAUUAGAGAUAGACAGGGAUCAUCCCUUGGAGAAUGAAAUCAUCAAUGUCCUUAAAGGCUAGGACUGACCACACCAGCCAGUGUUCCACAGUGUGGGUUUUAGACUAGCGUUCUGUGGGAUUGGUUUCCCAGUGGACUCUUCUCAUAGUCUAAAUGCCUCAGUCCCCCUGGUUAUCCUCCAGUCCUACCCUUUGGGGUACUAUCAGAUAAGCCUGUUGUGUGUUUGAUUCAUUUGACUUAUUUCCUAAUUUAGAGGUAGUUUGACAUUCAGCAUCCCACUUGGCUCAGCUUGGACAUAAAGACGGGGAAAUAAAGAGUGUAUAAAACAA